AUGGCAGCUUUCAUCUCACAACUCAGAACAGUGUACUCGCGACUCCUCAAAAUGUUUGUCCCGAUAGGAGUCGUUGUAUUUCUUGGUUACUCAUCGUAUGUGUUUGUCAAGCCAUUAGCUAUUGAUUUAAUUGAUAAUGAGCAAACUCAGCCGAGUGUCGCCAUUGGAUUGAUAGUCACGUAUUGGAUUUUGCUUUUAUGUCUACUUUUCAAUUGGAUAAUGAUACUCAUCAAUGGACCAGGAGUCAUCAAUAAAAAGCUUACUCCUUACAAGUUGGUGACUUUCUAUGAUGAAGAUGGCCAUGAAAUUAGACAAAAUCAGUCAACACCUUCCCCGACACAACAAGCCAUUCCAGAUUAUUUCUUUUGCGAUAUCAAUGGAUAUCCAUACUAUUGCCCAGACUGCCAAUCACUCAAGCCGCUUAGAAGCCGUCAUUCCAAUGAAUUGGGUAAAUGUGUGGCAAAAAUGGAUCAUUACUGUACUUGGAUUGGAUCAAUCAUUGGUAAGAAAAACUACAAGAAUUUCAUGCAUUUUGCUUUCAACUUUUUGAUAUAUUUCUUUUAUUUCUUUAUCGUUCUACUUGUUUAUAUCCCCCAACAAGUUAAGUACAGAAAAUCCCUUGCCGCUGAUGAUUCUCUUCAUGAAACAUUUAUGAUUCAUGAGGCUAACCCAGUCACUAAGGAAUCAUUGGAAUUGAAAACGAAAGUUACAACCUAUAUGAAUCCGAAUUUGGGGAUAUUGUUAGUGGUUUCGUUCUUUUGGGUCAUCAUUUUAUCAAGUUUCUGGGGACAACAUGUUUGGUACCUUUCCAGAAAUGAGACAACUAUUGAACACCUUAAAGCUAAAAGAUCUAAGAAAAUCCAAAAAUUACUUGCUAAAGGUAAAAAACUUCCUUCGCAUUUAGAAAGUAUAAAGGACGAAAAAGUCUAUGUCAAUAUCAAAUACCAUGAUCAAAGAUUUAUUGUGGAAAUUGACCACACUGAUACUCCAUUCAAGAAACUGACUUUCAAGCGCAAUUUACAAGAAGUCUUUGGCCAAAGUAAUUUACUUACCUGGUGUAUUCCCCUAAAUUUUACCGCCAGAAAGAAAAAUGGCCAAACCGAUAUUGAAUCACAAUAUUGCAAGACUUUAUCGCCAGCGUUGACCUUAACCACCCAGAACGCCCCAGGCUCGAAAUCCCCGGUUUCCAGUACCAAUACUGGCUCCGAAAAUACCCAAACUGAAAAAAAUUCUUACUAUGAUCCAUCUGUGAAGAAUUCUUCCAAGUCCCAAGAUGAAGAAUGGUUACUCGACGAACGCUUCAGCGAUGAAUAUUUGGAACAUUUAUACCAAAAAAUCAAUGAUGGAAAAUCUAUCAAAUUCGUGAGUACCAUGGUCCUAAAGACGAACCCUUGA